UGCAUCCACAUCUGAUCCAAUGACACCCAUAGCGGAGAAGAUGGAUGGGGGCAUCGUUGGUAUCUAUCAGACACCAAAAGAGAACUGUGAGGAGGAAACAACCAACACUCCAAUACCAGACACCCCAGCCAGGACAAUGGAGAGUUUGGAAACUAACCAUUGUUCCAUUGAUGUGAUAAUGAACAGCACACAUAAGCUGGCAUGGGCAGAGUCCAUGGACUAUGACCACACAAGUGUGCAUAGUUUUGGUGACCUGGGGUCCUUCAAGUCCUUUGUCCUUCGUGGGCUCUGGUUGACUGUGGAGGAGGAGAAGGUCCUCUCAUGGCCUGCCCCUUCAGGAGAACAGCCAAUAACCACAUCUACAACAGAAAAGAAAGGGGGGAAAGAGUGUGCGCGACCACCAAGCAACACUUGUUCCAACCAAAAAUCAAAAGACAAGAAGAAGAAGAAAGACUCAAUAAUGGACCUGGUCCAGGACACUCCCAUCAGAAGAACCCUGGGCUCGAUCCAUGUGCCACUACAGGACCUGGUGUCUGGUGAUCAGAGAGUUGAUGCCCUGUGCAACCUUGGGGUGCUGCUCACAGAGCAAAGCACCAGGGCCAUGCCACCCCGAGAUAAGGACCCAAGUAAGAAAGCCAAACAUGACAAGAAGAAGGAGGACAAGAAAACUAAGUCAAGUGCUGACAGUGCAGGGGGGCAGAAGAAUGUUGCACCACCCUCUAAAAGUAAAGGAAAAGGAUGGAAGGAAAGCCAGGCAGAUUUCCGCAUGGACGACAACUCUGCUCCCAGUCCAAACCAGUUCGAGUCAAUGACUGUGGAGUUCACUGUGCAUCUGGAUAAAUGGCAUUCAGCCUCAGAAGCUCAUCACCUGGUUCACCCAUGAUGCGCCAUCAGCCUAGCUAUUUGUAAUGAAGAAAAACAAAAAGUUGUCAUGACAAAAUUUGGGUAUUAAAACCAAUUACGAACUCAAA